CCGGGACAAUCUCACGUAGCGUCGCCCCGUUCCUGACAUCAACUACGGAGUCGAGUGGAGCAAAUCGCCAUGAAACCAGUGGCAUGCGAAAAUUUCCCAGUCCAAAUGUAAGCCAGCCGUUGGAGAUCCGGGCGGCGAACCGAGCGACAAAGCUACACUCCCAGAUCGUGGAUUGAGUUGGGACGGAGUAUUUAAUCCACAGUCACCCGGAAUUGACAGUUCACUUGUGGGGAGAUCUUGACAUAUUUGACCCCUUCGACCUUAACAUGCAUUCCGCGUCCUUUCUCUCAGUGCUGGCCAUCGCGACCGGGGCGAUUGCAGCGUCGGUGCAGACAGUGCCUGACGAGCUUGCCACCAUUGGAGACCCGUCGGAGAUCCUGAAUGUCUCCUAUGCUGUUGGCUCGAGCAGCAUCGAGGUGACCCCGGGCGUGCAUUUGAACUCAUCUGGUAAAGCAGUCCUUCGGCUUGCAUCAUGGACCAUGAAUUGACGAAACCAUCUAGUCACCCACAAUGCACCCACCGUGCAUUUGAAUGAGACCUCUCUCAGCGGCAGCGGGCCCUACCUCUUCAUGAUGGUCGACCCGGA